AUGAAAGCAAUCGUGUAUCACGGUAAAGAUGACCUUAGAUUCCACUCCGAUUACCCCGAACCUGAAAUUAAUCACCCAGAUGAAGUCAAAGUAAAGAUUGAUUAUUGUGGUAUCUGUGGCUCUGAUUUGAAAGAGAUCACCAGUGGACCAUUCUUCUUCAAUAAACCAGGAUCCACAAACCCAAUCUCUAACAAAAAGUUUCCAAUGGUCAUGGGGCAUGAGUUGAGUGGUGAGGUGGUCGCAGUUGGUGGAAAUGUUGACGAUUUGGCAAUUGGCGACAAGGUGGUGGUUGAAGUGACCGGAACGUGCAAAGACAAGGUACGCUUCGAAGACUCGCCCUCCAAGGAUAAGGAAUUUUGUGGUGCUUGCUUUGAUGGUUACUACAACGCCUGUGAUUCCUUGGCUUUAACAGGUCUUGGUUUCAGCGAUGGUGGUUGCGCUGAAUACCUUGUCACCAGCGGAGACAAAGUAGUAAAGUAUGAUGCUGAUAAAAUUCCCAGUGAUGUUGCUGCUUUGGUUCAACCCUUAGCUGUUUCGUGGCAUGCUGUUGGCGUUUCAAAAUUCAAGGAGGGGCAGGAUGCUUUGAUCUUAGGUGGUGGACCAAUUGGGCUCACCACCAUUUUUGCGUUGAAAGGUCACAAAGCUGGUAAAAUCGUGGUCAGUGAACCUGCAGCUGCCAGACGCUUAUUGGCUGAGAAAUUGAAUGUUGAAACGUUUGAUCCAACUGGCAAAUCCGUCGAGGAAUGUAUUGAGGCGUUAAGAGCUUUGUCGCCAGAUAAUAGGGGUUUUCAUCAUACGUUUGAUUGCAGCGGGGUUCCAGCUACGUUUGAAACAAGUAUCAAAUGUCUUAGAAUUAGAGGUACUGCCACCAAUGUGGCUGUUUGGGCUCAUAAACAAAUCCCUUAUUCUCCAAUGCAUACAACAAUGCUGGAAAAAAUUGUUACUGGAUCCAUUUGUUUUGUCAAGAAGGAUUUUGUUGAAGUUGUGAGAAGUAUUGAAGCUGGUGAUAUUUCGGUUGAUGAACUAAGAUUGAUGAUUACUGAUAAGGUUCCUUUGGAAGAGGGUAUUGAAAAAGGAUUCAAUGAGUUAUUGUAUAACAAAGGUGAUCAUAUUAAAAUUUUGUUUACUAAUAAUUAG